UGGCUGUCCGUAAUGGAGAAAAGCAGCGACAGACAGAAAAUUGAAAAAAUUAAAAGGCUAUUAGACCAGCUACCAAGAGCAAACGUUGUUCUCAUACGGUACGUGUUCCUGGUGUUAAGUAAUAUCGCUGAACUCUCCGCGGCAAAUGAAAUGGAUGCUUUACACUUAGGGGUGUGUAUGGCUCCAAGUAUUAUAUGGCAUCCUUCUGCAAGCAGAGAAGAAAUGACCUCUGCAGAAAAGCUUGUGGAAUUUGUGAUUAAAAACUGCCGCAACAUCUUUGGAGGACACGUCACUGCCCUGUUUGGAGAGUCAUCCGGAAUAUAAAAUACUCAGGAUAAACCCUCAGAUACAUCUAGCUUUCCAGAGAGCAAUACUUCCUCAUGUGAGAGCUUGAAGAAAAAAGCGACUGUGCUGCUGGCCCACAGUGUGAUGAAUCAAAGAAAAUCGUCCAAUUAAAUUGAAGCAUUGACUCGCUUAUAAUGUUUCUGGACUCUGGCCUUGAUGCCCUUGAAUUCUAAAUGAGCUUCAGAGCCUCCUGUAUGACUUUUAGUUUAGGUGGACCAGCCUCCUAAAGACAAGCCGAUGGAUGUAAUAAUGUGCAGAGAUAUUCCACCACAGAAUCCUGCCAAGAUUCUGUCUGGCACUUGUCCACAGCUGCAGCAUAUUUAAAAAAAAAAAAAUAGAAAAUGCUGUAAGCUGUCCUGUAUAAGCUCCACCUGAUCUACAAGGCUAAUUCUAUCACAUUAACAGCUGUGGCUCACCUGUAGCCCUAGCUACUUGGGAGCUGAUUUCCCAGCAGAAACUUUGUAGGACAGAUGAAGAGUUCCUAUCUUGAAUGCACUUCAACAAAUUUCUGACAGUGUAGCAUUCUUUAACCUGCAAACUACAGUUCGUAUUUGAUGGAGGAAUCAAAUCUUCUCCUGACAUGCAAAAAAAAGUGAAGCUGAAUAGCUCUAUCUUGAGAAAAUACAUCUAACUUCCAUGAAGAAAUAAAGACAGAGGAUAAAAAGUUGGAAAAGUUUGAAACUAAGCAUGAAAGUGCACAAUCAAAGUCAGGCCAUUCAACACAAUGAGGAGGAGGAAGAGGAGGAUGAGGAAGAGGAGGACGAGGAAGAGGAGGAAGCAGAGGAGGAGAAGGAGGAGUCCAAACCAAGAGUGAAAAUGAUACUGCUAAUGUUUUUAAUCUCAGAUUGAUUAUUCAGUAUGAAUUACUAAAAAGUUAAUAAAUCGUUCACCAAGUUGAUUAUUGGGGAGGAUUAAAAAGUUUAGAUAAAAGAAUGCAAUGAAAAUGAUCUGAAUUUCUAGCCAAAAAGUCAUGGCUGUUCCAUCAUGAAAAAGCACCAGUUCACGCAGCACUGUCUGUGAGGGAGUUAAGAGCAAGCAACAUCAUUUUCACUCUUGGUUUGGACUCCUCCUUCUCCU